AUGGGUAGUAACAAGGCCAGAAGGCUCGAUAUCGGCUUCUCAGUCGCUGAGUGUUUCGCACAGACCGGCGAACAGAACGAAGCGCAAGCGCAAGCCCUAAGCUCGACGAUCAGGCCCUUCGGCCUAGCGCCUGUUAACCCUCCGGCCUACUUUGGAUGGGAAAGCAACUUUGUCGCGACGUUCGAGAUGAUCAAGACAUACUACUUGGUAGAAAGUAGUCGGUAUAUCACUCCUGCGGAAGCCAUUGAGCCGUUCGUAUCAGCAACUAAUGCAACCGUACAUGUCCUAAUCACUGCCAAGAAUUCUGGCCAAUAUUGGCGAAAGCCUAAGGAAAGAUCAUCGAAUGCUGCUUUAACGAUCCUCUUGGGGGUAGGGUUACGAAAAGAUGUGAAAGACGCUUCUACCCCACCUCCGCACCCCGCAUAUCUCAGCUGGUGUGAAGAGAAGGUGGCCAUCAGUGAUGGAGCAGGUCUUGCUGGUGACGUCAGGUUAUUGGGUAUAUUGCAUUCUCGGAAGUAUCUGGAGAAGAUCCGGUGUCCUAUGCUGAUUCUAUGCCCCACGGGCAGUGCUAUGAUGACGGUUGGGUUGAUGGAGGAAGUUGCUGCCAAAGUGCCGAAUGCCAGACUGGAGAUGAUCAGGUCUGCCGGUCAUGAGAUCUAUGCAGAAGCGGCCGAGCUCCGCAUUCAGAAGGCUAUUGCAUUCUUGGCGAGCUUGGAAUCACGAGGAAAGGUUUGA